AUGUUGUACUCGUUUUGGCGUUUACUCUCUCUCGUUUCCAUCCUCCACUGUGUCGCUGCUCUCCAGUGUCUUCCUGACCAAACCGAGACCCUUAAACGUUUCAAAAACGAGUUUCAGUUCUCCAGCAUCUGCAGCGACGACACCAACUUUCUCCGCGGUGUGGUCUGCGAUAACACGACCGGUGCUGUCACGUUUCUUGAACUCCCCGGUGGAUGUAUACGUGGAACUCUCAGACCAAACAGUAGCCUCUUCGAGUUGAGUCAUCUCCGUUACCUUAACCUCUCUUUCAACAACUUCGAUUCUUCUCUAUUGUCUUCUGCUUUUGGUCAACUCAAAAAUCUUGAGGUCUUGCUUCUCUCCUCUAAUGGCUUCGCCGGCCAAGUUCCUUCUUCAAUACGUAACCUACCCAAAUUAACCAAGUUACAGCUUUCCCACAACAAGCUCACUGGUAACUUAGCUCCACUUGUACAGAAUCUAACCAAUCUUUCAGCUUUAGACCUUUCUUUUAAUCAAUUCUCUGGAACCAUACCUUCUUCUCUCAUCACCAUGCCUUUCUUGUCUUAUCUUGAUUUGAGUGAUAAUCAACUCACUGGCUCAUUUGAAAUCACUAAUAUAUCUUCGUCUAAACUCGAGACUUUACAGCUUGGGAAUAACCAUUUUGAAGCAGAGAUCAUAGAUCAUAUUUCAAAGUUGGUUAGUCUCCAGUAUCUCAGCCUCUCUUCCUUAAACAUAAGCCACCCAAUUGACUUAAAAAUCUUCUAUUCUCUUAAAUCUUUGUCACACCUUGAUCUUUCCGGAAACAGUUUAACACCAACGAGUAUGAAUUCAGACAUCGAAUUUCCAAAGGACAUGGAGGUCUUGCUCUUGUCCGGAUGCAACAUCAGUGAUUUCCCCAGAUUCUUGAAGCCCCUAAAGAAGUUAUGGUAUUUAGAUCUUUCCAACAACAGAAUCAAAGGGGACGUUCCUGAUUGGUUAUGGAGUCUUCCUCUUUUAGUAUCUUUGGAUCUUCACAACAAUUCAUUCACCGGUUUCAGAGGUUCAUUGGAUCAUGUUUUGGCCAAUUCAUCGGUGCAGGUAUUAGAUAUUGCUUUAAACUCUUUCAAAGGUUCAUUCCCUAAUCCACCAGUCUCUAUCAUCCACUUGUCUGCUUGGAACAAUAGUUUCACCGGAGAGAUACCUCUCUCUGUCUGUAACCGAACCGCUCUCGAUAUUCUUGACCUAUCCUACAACAACUUCACCGGCUCAAUCCCUCCAUGUAUGGGUAACUUCAGUAUAGUGAACCUCUGGAAAAACAAGUUGGAAGGAAACAUUCCAGACGAGUUCUAUAGCGGUUCUUUGACACAAACAUUUGAUGUUGGAUACAAUAAGCUAACCGGAAACCUUCCAAGAUCUCUCCUGAACAGCUCUCUCCUAAGGUUUUUAAGUGUGGAUCACAACAAUAUCAAUGAUUCUUUUCCCUUCUGGCUCAAGGCAUUGAAGAAUUUGAAAGUCCUUACACUCCGUUCAAAUAGAUUCGAUGGUCCUAUAUCUCCACCUGAUGAGCAAGGUCCUCUUGCAUUUCCUAAACUCGAGAUACUUGAAAUAUCGCAUAACAGAUUUACCGGAACCUUACCAAGAAAUUACUUUACGAACUAG